AUGAGGGAGGUUGCCGAUUGCAGCUUAUCCUAUCUAUGGCGUUCUCCUGAAGGAAGAAGAAAUCUUGAGCCUAGUAAAAGAUUGACUGACGCUCCUCCUAUCUUGACAGAAAAUAAAUUCAACCGACUUGGAUCUGAUAUUAGGAACAAUUACCGGCCUGAAAAUCUAAUUUCCAAUCCUCCCAGGGCUUCUGAUGUCACUCUCGAACUCCUUCUCGCCUCCCAGGCCCAUAUCGGACAUUCAACUUCUCUCUGGAACCCCGGAAACUCGGGCUAUAUACAUGGUAUUCGAGAAGGAGUUCACAUAAUUUCUCUCGAUGUGACUGCAGCUCAUUUACGGCGAGCAGCCAAAAUUGUCGAGGAAGUUGCACGAGUCGGGGGUUUAAUCUUGUUCGUUGGUACUAGAAAGGGCCAGAAACGAGCAGUUGUGCGUGCUGCUGAACUAGCGCAGGGUUGCCAUGUCUUUGAUCGCUGGGUUCCAGGAUCUCUCACCAACGCUAUGCAGCUCCUGAAUAAAUGCGAGGUUAAGCUCGUUGAUGCCCUUGAUAGAACUGUGGAUUAUCCCGGAUUUCAGAGUGUUGACAUCGAAAGAUGCCCAUUGAGACCGGAUUUGGUGGUCUGUUUCAAUCCCCUUGAAAAUAAGCCUUUGCUCCAGGAAUGUGCUACCAUGAAUAUUCCCACCAUCGGAGUUAUCGAUACCGACGCGGAUCCAACCCGAGUGACCUAUCCUAUACCUGCAAAUGAUGACAGUCCCAGAUGCAUCAGUGUUAUUGCGGGUGUCCUAGGAAGGGCUGGAGAAAGAGGGCAGCAAGUGCGGUUGAAACAGUCAGCUACUGGAGAUUUACCUUAUACACCUAUCAACCUUGGUGCCUAA